UAAUAUUUAUAUUUGUGAGAACUCAAAUGUUUAUAUUAAGAUAUUUUCGAAAGUUGAAUUUUAAUGUGACCAGCUGAGCUAAGUCAUAGAAUAUUAUCUAAUAAUGGAGUCGCAAUAAUUAAAAUUAAAAUAAUUUGAUAUAAUAUAUAAAUACAAACACAUUUCAUCUCUCUCGGAUCAACCCAGAACUCUUCAAGUGUGUGUGAUUAUCACUUUUGAGGAGGGAAUAAUUUGACCCCAAAUUGAUCCGUCCAAUCAUCUCUAUCUAGGGUUUGUUCAUCGGAAUUUCGAUUCAAUUUCCUGUGUCGCUCCACGCAAACCCGACGACAUCUUCUCGAUCGGGCGAUGUUAGGUAUGGAGAUGAUGAAUGGUGUAAAAGUGUCGGACGAAAUGCUGGGGACAUUCGCGCCGAUAAUCGUGUACUGGAUGUAUUCGGGGAUUUACGUCUUGCUAGGCUCACUCGACGAUUACAGGCUGCACACGCGCAAGGAUGAAGAUGAGAAGAAUUUGGUGUCCAAGAGCGAUGUGGUCAAAGGCGUGCUCCUCCAGCAGGCGGUUCAGGCCGUCGUCGCCACUCUUCUCUUCGCCGUUACUGGAAGCGACAGUGAUCCCGCACAAGCUCAGCCGACUUCCCUCAUUGUUCUCGCUCGACAAUUCUUGGUUGGGAUGAUGGUGUUAGAUACCUGGCAAUACUUCAUGCACCGGUACAUGCACCAAAACAAGUUCUUGUACAAGCACAUCCACUCUCAACAUCACCGGCUGGUUGUUCCCUACGCGUUUGGAGCUCUGUACAACCACCCCGUUGAAGGCCUGCUUCUGGACACAGUUGGCGGCGCUCUAUCCUUCCUCGUAUCAGGCAUGUCUCCUCGAGCUUCCAUCUUCUUCUUCUCGUUUGCUACCCUCAAAACAGUCGAUGAUCACUGCGGGCUGUGGCUACCGGGCAAUCUCUUCCACCUGCUGUUCAGAAACAACUCCGCGUAUCACGAUAUCCACCACCAGCUCUACGGCAACAAGUAUAACUUUUCGCAGCCGUUCUUUGUGAUGUGGGAUAGGAUCCUCGGCACUUACAUGCCGUAUUCGCUUGAGAAGAAUAGCAACGGGGGCUUCGAAGCACGGCCCUCGAAAGAAUAUAAGGAUGACUGAUUUUGAACAAAAUAA